AUGGUUGAUGAGUACAGGGCUAAGAUGCCAUUUCCUCAGAAAAUCUGUCAAGAGGAAAGGGAUAAACUGUUUGUUCGCUUUGCGGAGUAUCUGAGAGUACUAGAGAUAAAGAUCCCUUUCGUAGAAGCUCUUGAACAGAUACCUUCUUAUACGAAGUUCAUGAAGGACAUUCUAAGUCAUAAGAAGGAUUGGAGAGAGACACAAACAGUCCUCCUUACUAAGGAAUGUAGUGCAACCAUUCAGAACAGCUUGCCAGAGAAGCUUAAAGAUCUUGGAAGCUUUAUGAUACCAUGCACUCUAGGUGUUUCUUGUACAAGGACAACUCUAUGUGACCUUGGAGAAAGCAUCAACCUAACACCUGCUUCUUUAAUAAAGAAUCUCUGUUUGAUUGAGGAAGUCAAACCAACCCGCAUGUGCUUUCAACUUGCUGAUGGGUCUACUAAGAUACUAUCAGGAAUAAUAAAGGACAUGAUUGUCAAGGUUUGA